AUGUCUUCAUACUCAGAUCAAAUCGAUAGACAGUUUAUUAAGAGCUUAUAUCCGGAAUAUCUGCUGCACCAGCCUAUUGCCUACGAAUUAAAAGCUUUAUACAAUCAACAUCGGAAGUUAUUCUCUAAAUUAAGUGAAAGUGAACAUCUAGACCCCUCUAAUAGACCUAAAUCAGGAUUGUCGAAGGGAGCUGAGCAUUUUGAUGAAACUUAUCGGAAUGUAAGUAUUGAAUCUUCCAACACUAGUGGAGGCGACAAAUUACCUUUUCAUAUAAAGAAGGAAAUAUGGCAUAAAUUGAUGGAAUUAGGUGUUCUGGGAACCAUUUCCUUUGAAUCUGCAAAUGAUAAUUAUUUAAUUCAAGUAUACAAACUUUUCUAUCCUGGUACGAGUGUAAAAUCACUGUAUUACCGAGGUAAUUCGACCGCCAGUUCUGGUUCCUCUGCUUUAUCAGAUGUGAACAGUCAGCAUGUUAGUAAUAGCUCAUGGAAUCCCCUAAUGAGACAAAGCACACUUGCAUCGGCAAGGUCAGGUGGUAUUGAUAAUGAUCCAAUGGAUGUGGACGAAGAGAAUCCAUUCCCAUUCACGUCUGAGAGCGAGGAUGAUGGAGUAAACUUUAAUGAAAAUGAACCCAGCGAAGGAGAGGAAGUUCAAACUAAUACAAGUGAAUUGGAAGAAGGAGAUGGAAGUGAUGAGGAUGAAAGUGAUGACAGAGAAAGUGCUAUGGUGAGCGAAAACGACUCCGAUAUUACGUCAAGAAUAUUAAAUGCACAUCAUCGGCUUCAUUCUGCAAGAGAAAAAACUGAUUUGGUAAACAAGAAGAAAUCAGCUUCUGCCAACCCCCCUGGUCUAGUGAAAUUUUAUUCUUAUUCUGGCUCUCAUGAAAAGCCUUUAAAAUUGAAAAAAAAUGGUGUAGCGCCUGAUAUAUAUCGCAUCAUUGGUUAUUUUUUACCUAAUCAGUGGAACCCUCCUCCAAAUAACAGUCUCUCUGUGACUUCAGAUGGUGUUAUGAAUUUAGCUCCUAACCCAAAUUAUCAGAAAACUGUCACUGAAGAAUCCACAACAGGAAGUGGGACACCGGCAAGCAUUGUAAGAAAUAGAUUAAGGAAUACGAUUACAGGAAAUUUACAGAGUGGUAACAGAAGUAAAUCUGAUUAUCUUACAGCAUGUGCCAACAAUGUCAUUCCAAGUUCUAAAGUCUCGAUAUUUUAUUAUGAAAUUAGAGUGUUAACUGUAACCAGUUCUUUGAAUGCACAAAAUAGUAACAUUAUUGUGGGAUUUAAGUAUGCACCCCCAUCGAGGGAAAGUUCAAAUUCUGUUUUUGAUUCUAUACCUAGUAGACCUACUAGUAAUAGAACUAGAAGUGAUCCUAGUAGCCGUAAUAAUGAAGCUAGUGUUCGUACCGGCAGUCGUGGGUCCCAGUUAUCUCCUAAUGAAUCUCAUGACGAUGAUGACGAUGAUGGUAAUGAUGACGAUGAUCUCGAUGAUGACAGCGACGAUGGUAAUGACAUAGAAGGUUUAGGUGAGGAAAAUGUUGAUACUGCCACAAUAAAUGCAUUAAUUGUAGGAGCCCUUGGUGGCGUUGUUAAUGCUGAUGGAGAUGAUAGCAAUACGAACUUGGGUAUGGGAAUUGAUAAAUCCCGUGGUAACAAGGAUGGUUUAGAAGAUGGAUUCUUUGGGUAUUGUGGGGAUGAUGGGUUUAUCUGUGUUGGAACAGAAAGCAAAAAAUAUUCACAAAUGUUUGGACGUGAUGAUAUUAUUGGUUGUGGUAUAAAUUAUAUUGAUGGUACAAUUUUUUUUACCAAGAAUGGUGUCUUUUUGGGGACAGCAUUUACCAAUGUUUACGAUUUGAAUGUUGUUCCCUCCAUUGCAUUAAAACCUGGAAAUUCAGUGAGAACCAAUUUUGGUAUUUAUGAAGAAUUUGUAUUUGACAUUGGUAACUAUCAAAACAAUUGGAAAAAUAAAAGUUUGAAUAAGAUUUUUAAAUCGUUGGACUAUGAUUUUGAUUGCAAAGAUGGAAAUACUACAGAAAAUAAUCAAAAGGCAUCAUUUUUAUUAGGGAAGGAUGAUCGAAUCGAUGAUAUGAAUAUAAAGAAACCCAAUUCGAUACGACUUAACGAUUUAAAUGUGAAUAAUGAUUCUAUUCCUAAUACAUUGAAUGUAAUGAUUAAUGAUUAUCUACUUCAUGAGGGGAUGGUUGAUCUAGCCAAGAGUUUUUUGAAAGAUCUGAGAAAUGAUUGCAUUGAAGACGAUAUAGGUGAUAAUGUUGGUAACGCCAAUAUGAAUGACAUGAAACAAGUAAUUGAUUACAAUGAUAAACAAAUUCAAAAAGAGGAGACACUAGUUUAUAUAAGGCAAGAGAUCCGUAGAUUAGUCCUGGAAAGAAAUAUUGAGGAAUGUAUCAAAUGGAUUAAUUUACAAUUACCAGGGUUAUUAGAAUCGGAUAUGGAGUUAUUAUUUGAAAUGAAACUUUGUCAAUAUUUGAUUACGAUAAUUGAAAGCUCCAAGACAAAAGAUGAUAAAUGCAUAAACGAUUUACUUAGAACUGGUCAAGGACUAUACAAUCAAUUUGUAUAUAAUGAACAGAUUGAUGGUGCGUUAAGAGAGAGUUUUCAAUUCCAAUUGAACAAUGUAUCAUCUUUACUAGCAUAUGAUGACCCAAUCAAUGAAGUUACUGGAGAUUUGUCGAUCUACGUAUCUAAUGAAUACUUGGAAGGUCGUUUAUUUCAAAUUAUCAAUUCUAAAGUGCUUCAAUUUUUGAACAAGAGAAGUGAUUGUUCCUUGGAAGAUAUGGUAGUUUAUACUAGAGCCAUGCUUUCCACGAUGAUGAACUAUAAGGUUGGGGGAGAAAUUAUUGAUAAGAAUGGUGGGGAAUGCAGAUAUUACAAGGCCAUUAACAUUGACGAGGAUUUCUUAAAUUUAUAA